CUUCCUUCUCCCCAGAAGCCAAGUGCCUCUCUCCAGCUUCUCGUCAGGCUGGGCAGCUCCCAGGGCCUCCCUCAUGGCUUCACCCACCUCCACCAACCCAGCACACGCCCACUUUGAGAGCUUCCUGCAAGCCCAACUGUGCAGGGAUGUGCUGAGCAGCUUUGACGGGCUCUGCAGGGCCCUGGAGCUGGAGCCCGGUGGGGGCCUGCCCCAGUUCCACAAGAUCAAGGCCCAGCUCAACUACUGGAGCGCCAAGUCACUAUGGGCCAAGCUGGACAAACGAGCCACUCAGCCUGUGUACCAGCAGGGACGGGCCUGCGCCAACACCAAGUGCCUGGUGGUGGGCGCUGGACCUUGCGGGCUGCGGGCCGCCGUGGAGCUGGCACUGCUGGGAGCCCAAGUGGUACUGGUGGAAAAACGCACCAAGUUCUCUCGCCACAAUGUACUCCACCUCUGGCCUUUCACCAUCCAUGACCUCCGGGCCCUCGGGGCCAAGAAAUUCUACGGACGCUUCUGCACAGGCACCCUGGACCACAUCAGCAUCAGGCAGCUGCAACUGCUCUUGCUGAAAGUGGCAUUACUGCUGGGCGUGGAAAUUCACUGGGGUGUCACUUUCACCGGCCUCCAGCCGCCUCCCAAAAGGGGCAGUGGCUGGCGUGCCCAGCUCCAACCCAGUCCUCCAUCCCAGCUGGCCAGCUAUGAAUUUGAUGUUCUCAUCUCAGCUGCUGGAGGGAAAUUUGUCCCUGAAGGCUUCACGGUUCGAGAAAUGCGUGGCAAACUCGCCAUUGGCAUCACGGCCAACUUUGUGAACCGGCGCACGGUGGAAGAGACUCAGGUGCCCGAGAUCAGUGGUGUGGCCAAGAUCUACAACCAACAGUUCUUCCAGAGUCUGCUCAAAGCCACAGGCAUCGACUUAGAGAACAUUGUCUACUACAAGGAUGACACUCACUACUUCGUGAUGACAGCCAAGAAGCAGUGUAUGUUGCGGCUGGGAGUGCUGCGUCAGGACUGGCCGGAGACUGACCGGCUGCUGAGCGGUGCCAAUGUGGUGCCUGCAGCUCUGCAGCGCUUUGCCCGGGCGGCUGCUGACUUCGCCACCCAGGGAAAGCUUGGAAACCUGGAGUUUGCCCAGGAUGCCAGCGGCCGGCCCGACGUCUCUGCCUUCGACUUCACAAGCAUGAUGCGGGCUGAGAGCUCUGCCCGCGUGAAGGAGAAACACGGUGCCCGGCUGCUGAUGGGACUGGUGGGGGACUGCCUGGUGGAGCCCUUCUGGCCCCUGGGCACUGGAGUGGCGCGGGGCUUCCUGGCAGCUCUUGACGCAGCCUGGAUGGUGAAGCGAUGGGCAGAGGGCGUUGGGCCCCUAGAGGUGCUGGCAGAACGUGAAAGCCUGUACCAGCUCCUGUCACAGACCUCCCCAGAAAACAUGCAUCGCAACACAGCCCAGUACGGGCUGGACCCAGCUACUCGCUACCCCAACCUGAAUCUCCGGGCUGUGACCCCCAAACAGGUUCAAGACCUGUACGAAGUGGCGACCAAGGAGACUAUACAGAGGCCGAGUGACAAGCCAGACGGCGUUGCGUCAGUCACUGGCUUAGCGGGCACCCAAGAGGCGCUCCUUCGCUGGUGCCAGGAACAGACCGCUGGGUACCCCGGUGUUCACGUCACCGACCUGUCUUCCUCCUGGACUGACGGACGGGCUCUUUGUGCCCUGGUGCACCGGCUGCAGCCCGGCCUACUGGAGCCCUCUGACCUCCAGGGUGUGGGGGCUCUGGAAGCUGCUUCGUGGGCUCUGAAGAUGGCAGAGCAUGAGCUGGGCAUCACGCCGGUGUUGUCUGCACAGGCAGUGGUGGCAGGGAGCGACCCGCUGGGCCUCAUUGCCUACCUCAGCUACUUCCACAGUGCCUUCAAGAACACACCCCACACUGAAGGCCCUGUCAGACAAGGCUCCCUGGGCACCUCCAGGGCUGUCCAAUUCCUUGGCAAACUGCAGAGGACCCUGCAACGAACCCGGGCCCAGGAAAAGCGGGAGCACGCUGGUGGCAAGAAGCCUCGCCUACAGGAAGAGGCUCACACCCCAAGGACUGAGGAGCCCCCUGUCCCAGAGCCCAGUGUGCCUCUGACACCACCGUCCCAGCACCAGCAGGCCAAUUCUGGGGACCUGUGUGCACUGUGCGGGGAGCAGCUCUAUGUCCUGGAACGCCUCUGCGUCGACGGCCAUUUCUUCCACCGGAGCUGCUUCUGCUGCCCUAUCUGUGAGGCCACGUUGUGGCCAGGCGACUACGGACAGCACCCAGGAGAUGGAAGAUUCUACUGCCUCCAGCACCUGCCCCAAGCAGGCCACCAAGAAGACAACGGCAACCAUGGCUCCGAGAGCCAGGAACUCCCCACACCUACCGAGACCAGCUCCCCAGUCCCCCCAAUCCCCCCGAAGGAAAGCAAUCCGGUCCCAAGCCCCAGCCAGCCAACCCGUCGGCCCAUCCGCCUCUCCAGCCCUGAACGCCGACAGCUGUCCUCCCUCAGCCUUACUCCUGACCAGGAGGCGGAACCUCCACCCAAGCCCCCCCGUACCUGCCUUGCCUUGGCCCGCCAGGCCCUGGAGGGCAGCUUUAUGGGCUGGGGACUCCCAGUCCAAACAGCUCAAGAGGAAGAAAAGAAUCUUUCGUCUAGUGAGGAGGAAGAAGAGGAUGAGGAGGAAGAUGGAGCUUUGUAUUCAGAUGCUGAGCAGACUCUGUUGACCAUUGCCAAGAACUCGGGACACAUGACUAAUUAUCCAACAUGGCGACGGACUCUGCUGCGCCGUGCUAAGGAGGAGGAGAUGAAACGCUUCAGCAAGGCCCAGGCCAUCCAGCGAAGGCAAUAUGAGAUCGAAGUGGCUCUGAAUGAGCUGGAAGCUGAGGGCAAGAAACUGGAGCUGGCCCUGAGGGAGCAGAGUGAUUCUUCAGAACAGCGAAAGAACCUCUUGUUAGAACAACUGCUGCAGCUUGUUCGGGAGAAAAACAGCCUGGUGACCGAGGAGGCUGAGCUCAUGAUCGCGGCAAAGGAACUGAACCUGGAGGAGAAGCAGUGGCACCUGGACCAGGAGCUACGACGCUACAUGAAUCAGGAUGGAACCCUGAGGACAGACGUUGAUCCACAAGAUGAGAAAAAAGCCGUAAAGAAGCUGGUGGAUGUGGUGAACCAGCGCAAUGCCCUCAUCCACUUUCUGGAGGAAUGCAGGCUCAGUGAGCUGACUUCAGGGCCAGGGGUGCAGGACUAGAAAAGACCAGGCCUCCGACUUUCUUCUCUCCAAGGAAGACGCCUCCGUGCAGAAGUAGGCUCCCCUUGCUCAUCUGGCUGCCUGGGAGAGGGCCAGUUUCCAAUAAAAAUGUUUCUGCCACA